AUGGCAAUUCAACUCCUUGAAAAGACCAAUGAGACUUGGAAAAAGCUUGGAGAGGUCAUGAGUUUGGAAGAGAAUGGUCCUUGGUAUGCUGAUUUUGUUAACUAUCUUGCUUGUGGAAUAGAGCCACCAAAUCUGGUUGGUUAUGAUAGGAAAAAGUUCUUCAGGGACAUCAACAACUACUAUUGGGAUGCACCUUACCUCUAUACUCUUUGUAAGGACAAGAUUUAUAGAAGAUGUGUUUCCAAAGAAGAGAUAGAAGGUUUAGUAGAAAUUUGUCAUGGAGCAGCCUAUGGAGGUCAUUUUGCUACAUUCAAGACAGUCACAAAGAUUCUUCAAGCUGGUUUGUGGUGGCCAACUAUGUUCAAGGACACUCAAGAGAUCAUCUCCAAGUGUGAUUCAUGUCAGAGAAAAGGCAACAUCAGCAGGAGAAAUGAAAUGCCACAAACUCCUACUUUAGAAGUUGAAGUGUUUGAUGUAUGGGGAAAACACUUUGUUAACAAGGUCUUUGAGAGUCUUCUUAAGAAACAUGGAGUGAAGCAUAAAGUUGCUACACCUUACCAUCCCCAAACUAGUGGUCAGGUUGAAAUUUCAAACAGGGAAAUGAAGUCAAUUCUUGAGAAAACAGUUGGUAUCACAAGGAAAGAUUGGGCAAAGAAGUUGGAUGAUGCUCUAUGGGCAUAUAGAACUGCCUACAAGAUACCAAUUGGAACCACUCCAUUCAACCUUCUCUAUGGAAAAUCUUGUCAUUUGCCAGUUGAGUUAGAGUAUAAGGCAAUGUGGGCAGUCAAGCUUCUUAACUUUGAUAUCAAGAAUGCUCAUGAGAAACGCUUGGUACAAUUGAAUGAGUUACAGGAAAUCCGCCUUGAAGCUUAUGAGAGUUCAAAGAUCUACAAGGAGAGGACAAAAGCAUUCCAUGACAAGAGAAUUCUUCCAAGGGUUUUCAAAGAAGGAGAUUUGGUGUUGCUGUUCAAUUCCCGCUUGAAGCUAUUCCCCGGAAAGCUCAAGUCCCGCUGGUCAGGACCAUUCAAGAUCAAGGAGGUUAGACCUUAUGGAGCCUUGGUGUUGCUGAACAAGGCUGGAAAAGAGUUUGUGGUUAAUGGACAGAGGUUGAAGCACUACUUAGCCAAUGACUUCAUUGAGGAGGGAACAACUGUUUCUCUCUCAGAACCUCAAGACACCUAA